AUGGGCGCGGAUCUUGUGAACGUGCAGAAUGCUAGCACGCAAGAUGUGUUCAACAUGAAGGAGCUCCUCACUGCAUACUUCGAAAAUGACUCGCAGCAACGCAUCACACUUGAGAAACUGGUAGGAGCUGGGAAGGUUUCUGUCGCUUGGCGCAUCCUGUACCGCUCUGACAACAACACCAUCCAGAGACUCGUCCUGAAGCACCUGCAAGAAGCGCUUCGUUAUGACAAAGACUUCGUGCAAGGCGACGAUGAUGAAGAAAUGGAUGACAAUGGACUUGGUGAGGAUAUAGCGGAUGGUCAACAGGAGGAAGUGAACGAUAUUACAAAAGAGAAGAAUAUCUUGAAAAUAUUGAAAUGGGCAAUGCAUAUUGUGCACAUGGUAGAGAUUCCGGAAGACCCGCUGAAACGAAAUAUCCCAAUGCGACCUCAUCGGUUAGGCCAUUGGAUAUACCUUGAAUGGGUUGAGAAUGGGGACGUCAAUAACUUCAUUAGCAAAGCCUUGGCUGCAAAAGUAGAGGUGGUCCCAAAUAGACUCCUGUGGAGGUUUUGGCUAUGUAUGCUUCGCAUGGUUGUGGCCAUGGGCUGGCCUCCUGAACCUGUCGGAGAUGCUUCUCCAGUUGGGGGCAUGAUUGAGCGAACUUCAACGAAACCAGUCCGCGGGAUCGUGCACAAUGAUGUGAACAAUGGAAAUGUCAUGUUUGGUGGUUUCACCGCCGGCCUGGACGAAGAGCAUGAUGUUUCUCCUCCAUUGAAAUUGAUAGAUUGGGGAGAAGCAGCAGAGUUCAAGGGAUUUGAUGGCGUGGCGGAAAGCUUGUUUGACGUCGCAACAGUCAUGAUAUCCAUCGUGUUGCUGUCAGAAGACGAGGGCAUCGAUCUCGGGCCUGGUAGUUAUGAAGUGCCGUUCCAAGCAUCAGCUCGUGCGCCUAAAAUCCAGACGACAGCUGUGAGCUUACUUCCCGACGAAAAUGGAAAGAAUCCAGUUCCGUUCCUUGAAAACGACCUGAAGGCAGCUAUAUGCACAUGUUUGGCCGGGGAGGAGAGCGAUCGGCCCAAAAUAACAACGUUAGUUGACCAAGCCGUGCAUGCCAUCAGGCACAGGAAUGAGCAAUGGUACGCGAACAAUGGUCACCCGAGACCCCAGUUAGAAUCAGAUCAGAACAUAGAUGCCAUCAUCAAAGCAUGUCUUUUGAAUGCCCCGGGAGCUGGGUGA